CCAAAAUCCCCAAUUGCAGCUAGGGCUUGGUUGGACGAUCCGAAUCCAAAUCUCAGGUCUUCGUCGCCCGGCGGCGCUGAUGAUCGGAACUUUGGGAGCGAUGGAUGGAGAAUCGAACGGGAAUGACCGUGAAGUUUCUCAACUAUCCGAUAUCGGUCCGCCGUCGACUCCAGGACAUAGUUCGCGUGCGUAUGUGACCGGGUGGAUGUACGUCAAUCAAAGCGGCCAGAUGUGUGGCCCUUACAUUCAACAACAAUUGUAUGAAGGCUUAUCCACUGGAUUUUUGCCGGAGGAAAUCCCGGUUUAUCCGAUUUUGAAUGGGAAUCUGCUCAAUCCUGUGCCUCUCAACUUCUUUAAACGAUUUCCAGACCAUGUUACGACCGGCUUUGUGUACUUAAACGUGGCUGUCUCGGGCGUAAAAGAGUCGACGAAUGAUGGGGGUGGGGUUGAUAACCAGACAUUAAUUUCGGAAAACAUGAAUAUAGAUGCAAGCUGCUCACUGUCAGGAGAUGAGUUCUGUUGGUUGUUCGAGGAUGAGGCGGAGAGAAAGCAUGGGCCUCACUCUCUGAAUGAGCUUUAUGCAUGGUGCCACUAUGGGUACAUUCGCAAUUCAGUAAUGAUAUAUCAUGCUGAAAAUAAGUGCAAGCCUAUGAGGUUGGAAUCACUACUGAACACGUGGAGAAGACUUGGAGCUGUCAUUGUGCAUGGUCCCAAAACCCAAGGGACUGGCUUACCCUUGAACUUAAUAUUUGAGAUAUCUGAAGAAGUUUGCUCUCAGCUUCACUUUGGAAUCAUGAAAACUGCUCGUAAAGUUUUACUUGAUGAAAUUGUUAGUUGCAUAAUUUCUGAUUCUCUAGCCACAAGGAAAACUCACAGGAGUCAUAAGUCUGAAAGAUGCCAUGAGAUCAAGGAACUUGUUGCUACUGGAGCUGGAGAAGAACCUGAAAGAUGUCAUGAGAUCAAGGAACUUGUUGCUGCUGGAGCUGGAGAAGAAGUAGGUGAAACUGCUGAUGGGCAUCCUAUUGGUGAAACAACUAUAUCCCAGCCUUCUCUGAAAUCAAUAGGAACCUUUGAGAACUUUUGUGCUGCAUAUAUGUCUGUUAGUAGGAUGCUCUUCAAUUCUUGUUUGCAAGUCAUGUGGAAUUCCAUCUUUCAUGAUCCUGUAGCUAACUUUUCAUCUGACUGGAGAAGGAUGAAUCGCUGGUCUUCUCCAUGUGCUGUUGAGAAAUUUCCUGCCAAUGAUAAGAGUGCAGAAGAUUCUUUUUGUUUAGAGAUGGAUUGCCCACCGGGUUUUGAACUGGCAAGGAGCACCAAGGACCAACUAUUGCGGUCUUCACCAGUAUCUUCACUUUGUGAGAGAGUUAAAACUUCUGAAGAUAAUCUGCUUGGCUCUGGUCUUUCCUGUCAUGACAUGGAUUUCAUUCUAGAAAAUAUACUGAAUGACCUUCAUUCAUCUUCGAAGUUUUCGCUGGUACAUUACUAUAAAGAGCUUAUAGAUGAGGAAGUGAAGAAAACAAUUGAUUUUUCUCGAAGCAGUUGUGCAAAGGAGGUCAAUUAUCAAUCCCAUCUUCACAACCAUGAUACUGAAGAAGACAUACAUGUUUCAGCACAAAUCUUAUCAAAUGAUCCUCAAUGCCAAUCUAAAUUGGUUAAACAUCCAUCACACAAGAAGACAGACCACAGUUGCCAAAUUUCUGCGACAAAUUUAUCGAGGGCUGCAUUUCAGAAAUUGCCUGUUCAUUUAGACGAUUCACCUAGUGUCGAAGUAGAUGAGUUGUUCCCAGAUCUGUUGGAAGAAAAUAGGAAGCAAAACCUUUUGUUGCACUGCAGGAGAGAGUUUCAAAAUUUGCCUAUGCACCUGGAUAAUGUAAGUGACUCUGUUGAUAUUGAGGUUGUUGAUGAGUUACGACCACCAAAAUCUGCGGAAGUUACAAAACAAUGUGUUUUACCACCAACUCGGGAAGUUUCAUCCCUUCAAUUAGAUUGUCCUACUUUGAAGACUACUUAUCAAGUUGCAUUGAUGAUGAGCCGCAGUAGGAUACACGAAUGUAUUGUUCAGAAAUUGAAAUCUUUAUAUUUUGAUGAUGCCAUAGAGAAAGCUUUGAAGUCAACGUGCUUUCCAAAGAGAUAUAGAUCAACUAGUAAGGUAACUGUAGAUUUGCUGAAUAAAGAAAGAGAUGACAAUGAAGAAAGAAAUUCAGAAGCAUCUUUAUUAAUAGGAAGACAUGUAUAUUCUCGAAGGAGGAAAUUGACUGGUAAAAGGCCACGUUCAUUGUUUCAGUCUCUAAGUAGGGGUGAUACUGAUAAUCUCAAACAAGGGUCCAAAAAGUCAAGGAGGGAUUGCACCAUUAAGAGUGUAGCACAGGCUACUCGAGGCCAGAAGGCACUUUCUUCUAAUUCAGAGAAACGGGUUUCAAGGCACAACGGAGACAAAUGUGCUGAUGCUCGUAUACUUGGAGAAAAGGUGUCAUCCCUACACUCUUGUAGUCAAAUAUUGGAAGUUGAUGAUCCUGCCAAUCUAGUCUCUAGUUCAGUCGGUAAGGUCUCAAAAACUAAAAGGAAACAGCUAAUUGAUAAUGGAGAACACUCUCGGUCUGGGAAAGUCCGGAAACAAGCAAAUGGCACUGAAACACAAACCCUAAAACCCCGGGUUGAUGCAUGUAAGAUUAAAAAAAAGAAGUCUAGGGCAGUGAGACCAUGUCCCCAGUCAGAUGGCUGUGCUAGGUCAUCUAUCAAUGGUUGGGAAUGGCGUAUGUGGGCUAUGAAUGCUCGUCCUUCUGAAAGAGCUCGUGCGAGGGGCACUCACAUUUAUUCCACAUAUGGUAAUUCUGAGUGCAGUAGUUCUCAUGCAUCAAAUGUGAAGGGUCUUUCUGCAAGAACAAACAGGGCUAAGUUACGUAAUCUUCUUGCUGCUGCUGAGGGUGCUGAUCUUCUGAAAGCCACUCAGCUGAAGGCAAGGAAAAAACGACUCUGUUUUCAACGAAGCAAAAUACAUGAUUGGGGUCUCAUUGCAUUGGAGCCGAUUGAAGCAGAGGAUUUCGUUAUAGAAUAUGUUGGAGAGUUGAUUCGACCCUGCAUAUCCGACAUACGUGAGCGUCAGUAUGAGAAGAUGGGAAUUGGGAGCAGUUACCUUUUUAGAUUGGAUGAUGGUUAUGUGGUUGAUGCCACAAAGCGUGGAGGGAUUGCUAGAUUUAUAAAUCAUUCCUGUGAGCCUAAUUGCUACACAAAAGUUAUAAGUGUUGAUGGGCAUAAAAAGAUUUUCAUAUAUUCGAAGCGACAUAUUUAUGCUGGCGAAGAACUCACUUAUAAUUACAAGUUUCCACUGGAGGAGAACAAAAUACCUUGCAAUUGUGGUUCUCGAAGGUGUCGCGGGUCAAUGAAUUGAGGCUAUUAUCUUCUGGCACGGCAUCUGCUAACUACAUAGAUGUAACUGAAGUUGCCUAUGAUCAUGGCUCUGUCAUGGUUGUGGACUGCUUCAACAUGUUGUUGACUUGAUACCAUAGUAUUUGGCAGUCUACAUUCACGUCAAUAGUUGGCGGUGCUGACAUUUACUCAACCAUGUGCAUAUUCUUGUAGAUAUCUCAGUUGCAGAUGAGUUUUUCCACUUAAGAACUGAAAAAAGUUGCUUCUCUUCAUUUCAUGUUUUCUUUAUGGAGACAAUUUUGGAAUUAUUUGCCAUGUACAAAACACACAGAUUAAUUUUCAAAUAUUUCACAAGACAUAAAUAACAUGUGUUUAGGUGUGAAAACAUUCCAGGGCAUUUGAUGGUAACAUACUAGCAAUAGCCAAUAGAAUAUGAAAAUGGAUGAAUUCUGUUUACUAUACUCGUUUGAAAUUGCUAUUCUUUCUUGCCCGUAUCUACUAGCCAAUGCCAUUGUGAGAAUGAUUUCCAGCCUACGGUUUAUUGUAAGAAUGCGAUUUUUUUUGUGUAAGAUAAUUUUAUUAGGUACUUUUGUAUGUGUUUGAUAUGGCAUGAGCUUGACUGCCUUGUCUAAACUUCUGAUUUUGGGAUAUGGAUUUGGGUCACGAGUUAAAGAAACUCAUUAUAAAUGCUGCAACGACAAAUAAAAACUGUAAUAGAUUGCUUGCAAACAUGGAAUGACAAAACCGUGCAAGUUAUGAAUGAUAUAUUUCCACUGGCAACUAUGAUUUUUAAGCAAGUUUGUUUCGCCUUAAUAAUGCAAAUUCCAAUUAUUCGCUUGCGUAUUGCGCAGGAGAAGCACGUAGUCUGUAUGCAUGCCAAUUCCUAGUGGAUUGUUUAUCAUGGCUUCUGUGGUGACAAAAUAGGCUGCCAAGAUGUUCUAAUGCCAACCAGUUCCACGGCAUCAUUUUCAUUUCUCAGCUUGUGAGCACUAUUAUUUAAUUAUAUUUAAUUGUGAGCUAGAUUGGUCGCCUUCUCUAAUUUUUAUAGGCUAUGUUUCUUUCAAUGAAUAUAAUUUUUAUUUAUAAAAUAAGACAUAGCCUAUGAAAAUAAAGACGAGUAGCCCAAUUUGUAUAAUAUAUAUCUACUUUAAAAAUAAAAAAUAAA